UAUCACAGGGUCUGUUUUCACACGAGCGCUGGUCGGAGAGGCUCGCGAGGAUUCAGAGGCGGUGCCGCUGGCCGUGUGGACGAAGAAUGCAGACGAUAAAGUGCGUAGUGGUGGGCGACGGGGCGGUAGGCAAGACAUGUCUCCUCAUUUCCUACACCACGAAUGCCUUUCCCGAGGAGUACAUCCCCACCGUGUUCGACAACUAUAGCGCUCAGAUGAGCGUCGACGGGCGCACAGUCAGCCUCAACCUGUGGGACACGGCGGGGCAAGAGGAGUACGACCGCCUGCGCACGCUCUCCUACCCGCAAACGAACAUCUUCAUCAUUUGCUUCUCCAUCGGAAGCCCGUCCUCGUUCGCCAACGUCCGUCACAAGUGGCACCCGGAGGUGUCUCACCACUGCCCCAGCGUGCCCAUCCUCCUGGUGGGCACCAAGAGGGAUCUACGCUCAGACACGGAAACGGUGAAGAAGCUGAAGGAGCAAGGCCUGGCGCCCACCACUCAGCAGCAGGGCGGCGCGUUGGCCAAGCAGAUUGGUGCAGUCAAGUACAUGGAGUGCUCUGCGCUCCUCCAAGAGGGCGUUCGGGAGGUGUUCGUAGAGGCUGUGCGUGCGGUUCUCUACCCCGCCACCAAAAAGAAUGCCAAGAAGUGUGUGCUCCUCUAGUCGCCUGUGCAUCGGGCAUAUGGAUAUGAACUUGACCGCAGUCAAAAACGAGCCGUGCACGUGGUUUCAUCAUGGUGUUUGUAUCCAUCUCUUCUCAUUGAUGCUUUUUUCUUCGCUCCUGCAGAAUUCGCUGACUUGACGCGGCCUCGUUUCUUCAAGUUAUUUUUAAAUCGAUCUUCAUUUUUGCCACUGUUUUUAUGAUGAUUUAUAACAACGUAUAACCAGCACCAGUCGACGCGAACGGUUCUUCGUCAGGAGCGGCGUGAUGCCUCUGUUGACCUGACGUCCUGUGCAUUCCAAUUCAGAUGUGCAAUAUAAUGAAGACUGGCGUGGCUCACUUAUGCAACCUGUUUGUCUUUAGCCCUCGAUUAAGGGCCACACGUCAGACUUCAGUUUAAAGUCCCAUCGUGGGAUAUUCCCCAGCCAAAAUUUUGACGUGCCUUCGAAAUGAAUUUUUAAAUGUUCACAUUGUGUUUUAUCUAAAUCUAUUUAGUUUGUUCCAAAGCAAUAUUUGGAUGGGUCGUGAAAUAAGAGACUGUUUGGGUUGCACUGACGUAAGGGUACAUAUAACAUGCAAGGGUUGUUUUUCACUCCAAAAUGAAAAUAUCUGUUUAUUUUGCAUGGAGAAAAUAUUUUUUAUGGACCAAUAAGAUGGUUUGCGUUCUCAUUUCUGUAAUAUUGUUACAACAAUGAUUCCGUCUGGGAUCCUGUAAAUAGAUGUACAAAUACCGUGUUUUUUUGACAUCGUCAUAAUGAGAAUGAGAUUUUGCUGCGUUAAAUGUCUUAUUGGUCCAGAAAUAGUAUUCCUCUUGCAAAAUAUUAUUUCUUGUAUCACGUCCCUGUAACUUACAUUCUGGGACAUUCCUGCGUCGUGUGAUGUCAGUGCUGGAUCCUGAGAAAAGUGCCUUAACAGAGGGAUGCCUCCCGAUGCCACGCUAAACAAGUAUCAUAUGAUGUUCUGUUCUCAAGAGAUCAGAUUUGGGCAGCAGCACAUUUUUCCUUGUCUUUACAUGAGUUUGUCAGUCAGGUUACCCAGCAUGCCUUUCUGACGUUCACCAGCAGGCCUUGCCUUAUCUUCCACUAUAUACGCUCCAUCUACGUCUCAUUUCAUAGGCCAAGCGGAUGCUGCACUCGCACUGCAUUGUGUGGUGCAAAACCAGCGCAUUGUUUUUUUUUCAAAGACCAAAGGCUGACUCUACGGCAUCCAUUAUAUCCUCCCGUCCUUCACAAAGAAGCACUCGAGAGAUGGUGAUGCUGCAGUCAACAUAUACAUGCAAUGCUUAACUCAAAGGUGUUUGUUGGGAUUUGAGGCCUUUUAUUCUUAUGAUUGGAAAAGGAUUUGUUUUGUGUCUAAAAUAGGAGGCCAAAUUCUGUCUGUCAUUUGUAAUAUUCUCCAGUGGCAUCAAGAUGCGAGACGGUUUUCCAGUAUUAUCGUCACAAGGUUUCGCUCAUCUCAACCUGAAAUGACAGGCAGUUUGUGAAAUGUUUUACUCGUCUGAACAAAGCCCUCGUACGUGCUGAUGGGAGAUUCACUGUAAUCAUUUCAUGAAGUUGUGGUUAAACAUUUUGCUGAACUGACAUCGAUGCCAAAAGCAUUCAUGCAGCUGAUGUUUUAGUAAAACUGAUACAGGCACACUUUUAAAGUGCUUUACCUUUUGACGUUUAAGCUUUUUUUGUUCGUUUUUCUGCCAAAUAUGGCCUGAAAGUGCCUUCGGAUACAAAGAUGUAUUGUGGGAUAACUGGACUUGUGUAUGUUAAACUGAUACCAAACUGUGUGAAACCAGGAGAGCGUCUCAACUAACCAUUCCUUGUUUAGAGUUCAGCAAGCAUGAAUUCUGUGUUGCUACAAAGAAAUUAGUCAUGGUAAGGUGUGAAUGCACGAGUGAUCGUGACUGUUUGCUGGUUGUGAGUUGGUUUCUGUUUCAUCCUUGCAAUGUAACUUCAGCGUCACGCUGCAUACUGUCUGUGUGCCUGUGGUAUGUGGUACUACAUUUAUACACUGGGAACUUGAUUUGAUCAAAAUUGCCUUUUUAUAACCAAAAGAUAUUGUAUGAAUGAACUAACCGUGGAAUUAUUUAAAAUGAUGCUGAAUAAAUUUUCACAUUGACUUUGUUUGUCUUUGUA